AUGAAGAAAUUUUACCCUCCAGUAUCUUCCAAGUUGCCACAACCAAGUUCAUCCUCUCCAAUUGCUACUCCCGUGGAACAAAAUUUGAACCAAUUAGAAGAGCAACCUCAAUCCUUUAAAAGACAAAGACAAGGAUUAGAUCUUGAUUCUUUACCAACUGAUCCAAAAGAGAGAAUACCCAUUAGAGAUUAUCAUCCAAAUAAGCGUGACGAGAUUAGAAGAGAGAAUCUCCGAAGAGGUCCUUACCAACCCCGAUAUCAUAAGUUUUCUCAAAGAGAUUUUUCGAGCUUAAAGCGUCGUUUUAAUCCUAAAUGGUUUGAUAAAUAUCGUAAUUGGUUGGAGUACAGUGUGAUAGAAGAUGCAUCUUAUUGUUUGUGUUGUUACUUGUUUCAAGAUGAAAACAUUCAUCAAGGUGGAGGCAAUAUUAUUGAUUGGCAAGUUCAAGAACUCAAUGCUUGUUUUAAUGAGGUGACAAUGAACUUGCUUGGUGGAGUAGCUUGCUUAAAUCCAGUUGAUUCAUUUUCCAGUGUUGACAUAAACAAGAUAUUGAUGAUGGUUGAAUUGUAUCCUGACGAUUUUGAUGAGAAUAUAAUGGUUACGCUCAAGAAUCAACUUGAAACUUAUAUUGUUGAUGUUCGUGAUGUUGAUGAAAGGUUCUCAAAUCUACAAGGACUUGUUGAUCUUUCUGAAACAUUAGUUAAGACAAAGAAGCAUUUAAAUUAUCCAUUUGUGUUUCACCUUGUAAAAUUUGCUUUGCUUCUACCAGUUGCCACUGCUAUAGUUGAAACAACUUUUUCGGCGAUGAAGUUGAUCAAGAGUGAAUUGCGAAACCGAAUGAAUGACGAAUUCAUGAGCGGUUGUUUGGUGUUGCUAUUGACAAAUGAAUUGAACAAAGUUCUACAAAAGAAAGAUCAAGAUAUCGUUAGUUCUAUGGGAAUGCUUUACCUUGCAAAGAAAAGACUACAAACAAUGAGAGAAGAGGAAUGGGACUCUUUGAUGGAGGAGGUUUGCUCAUUUUGUGGUAAACAUGACAUUGUAAUUCCUAACAUGGAUGAAGACUAUGUUAUUGGAAAGUCAAAAUUGACUAGUGACUUACUCCUUGGUAUGGCUAGUUUGAGUCCGGUUGAUUCAUUUGCAAAUUUUGACAAGAACAAGAUAAUGAAAUUGGCCAAGUAUUAUCCAAGUGAAUUUGAUGAUAACAAGCUUCGGGAACUUGGUUUUCAACUCGAUAGCUUCAUUGUCUACGCUCAAAAGUGUGAUAGCAAGUUUCUUAACUUAAAAGGAAUUAAAGAUCUUGCUAGAGUGAUGGUUGAGACAAAAUUAAAGAUCAGACUUGGACACAUGUAUAUUUAA